AUGGGUGCACUUUAUAAAUUAUUAAAGCAUAAUUAAAAUACAAAUUAUAGAUUUUAUGGAAGUAUGAUAUUUAAUAAUUUGAUGUCAUCUUGUAAUAUAAAUGUAUAUUUAAUAAUUUCAAAUUAAAAAUUACUUAAAAUUGUUUUUGAUCUUAUAGAAAAUGAUAUUAUAGAAGAAGGGCAAUUUUAUUAAGUAUUCAAAAAUUUUUUAGUUAUUUGUUCAAAGUGA